AUGUUGCAUGCUCUGGGCUCCCUCUGGCUACAGGUGCUGGUGCAGGAGCCAGUGAAGGAGCUGCUCUCCGAGUUCUCGGACAGUGUAACGCGGUGGGCAGCGCCUCGGCGUCGCACGCGCUCGGAGGGAGCUGCGUGGCACUCACCGCCCUCGUCCCUGUCCCUCCUUCCCCCGGCUGUGAUUGGCAGGCGGCCUGCGACCAGCAGCGAGCGCUACAGCGCCUCGGGCUCCCAGCGUGCACACCCGGCCCCUCGCGGGCGCGGCCGGGUCUCUGCCGACCCAGUCCCUCUGGCUGCCUCCCGCCCUGCAUGCAGCCCGAAUAGCGUACGGCGUCGUGUUCGCCGCCCCUCCGAGCGCUCCUGUCAGGCUCGGCCGUGCGCCCCGGACCCGCCCCGUGCGCUCGCCUGCCCCGGGACACAGAUGCUGAGGACGCACGGCCCGCGGGCCCCGAUGGUGCUGCGGCCCGCGCUCCUGUUGGCCUUGCUGGCGGCCUGGACGGGCCGCGGGGUCACCGCACCCACCGAGCCUAACGACACGCUGGAGGCGGAGCUGGAGCGCCGCUGGGACAGCCUGGUGGCGCACUCGCUGGCGAGGUUGCCGGCGGCCGCGCGGCCCAAGGAGACGGCGGUGCAGAGCGGCGCGGGCGACUACCUGCUGGGCAUCAAGCGGCUGCGGAGGCUGUACUGCAACGUGGGCAUCGGCUUCCACCUCCAGGUGCUGCCCGACGGCCGCAUCGGCGGAGUGCACGCCGACGCCGGAGACAGCCUGCUGGAGCUGUCGCCGGUGGAGAGGGGCGUGGUGAGCAUUUUUGGCGUCUCCAGCCGCUUCUUCGUGGCCAUGAACAGCAAGGGCAAGCUCUAUGGGUCGCUCUUCUUCACGGACGAGUGUAAAUUCAAGGAGAUCCUACUGCCCAACAACUACAAUGCGUACGAGUCCUACAAGUUCCCGGGCUCCUACAUCGCCCUGAGUAAGAACGGCAAGACCAAGAAGGGGAACCGCGUGUCCCCCACCAUGAAGGUCACCCACUUCCUCCCCAGGCUGUGA